AUGGACUACCACGAAAGACAUAGCCAUGAUGUCGCCAGCUUUGAUGAUCUCCCUUCAACACAUCGCAUGCCUACCGUUUCCGCUACCGAUGUCUUGGAUGACCUGAACAAUGGAGAUAACUCGCCCUUUAUCUCUACCGGCUUGGAUGCCCUCGAUGCCGCUCUAAAACCUAGUCUGGACAUCGAUAUAGUCACUGGAGGGGUACAGAAGGCCCAAGUCAUCGAGAUUUGGGGACCUCCCGGCGUCGGAAAGACUGCCUUUGGUGUACAACUUGCAACCAACUGCCUGGGUGAGGGCAAAGGUGUCGUUUGGGUAGAUGGAUUUCACCGAGUCCCGAUUGAGCGCCUACGCUCUGUCCUCGGCUCCAAAGUAAAGAGGGAUAAGCAAGGGGAACAGGAAGAUGCGACAGUUGAUGAGCGCCUCGAUGCCCUCACGCACUACACAUGCCCCAGUCUACCUCACUUGAUUGCUCUCCUAUGUCGACCAACGCCGAGCUGCGUACCGCAAAACACAUCGCUUAUCGUGGUCGAUUCUUUAUCAGCGUUGGUAAACCAUGCCUUCCCAAGGACACCAGAGCAGAAGAAAGUAGUGGAUAGUAAGGGGAACAAAGUUCCAUCUCUUUCCACGCGAAGGUUGCAAGUACUUCAAUACAUCAUCGGUGCACUUCAGAAGCUUGCUGCUACGAGAGACGUAGCCAUCGUUGUUCUCACACAAUGCGCAACAAAGAUGAUGCAGGCAGAACGGGGAGCAACUCUUGUACCGGCUAUAAACGCCAGCGUAUGGGAGCAGGGAAUCUCUACCAAACUUGUGUUAUAUCGCAAUCUAGCGUUCAGUGAUGCGAAGGUACAGGGCUUGCGUCUCGUUGGACUGCAAAAGCUCAACGGGAAAACUAGCGAAGCACCUGUCGACACUAUCUGCGCCUUUGAUAUCGAAGAGGGCGGCUUGGUUAUAGUCGAAUACGACUUUAGUGAACCGCUACCAAACCACUUGUCUACACCGAGCACGAAGCGAAAGCUGGGUGACACCUCCUUGGAGAUAGCCGAUAGCGACGAUGAGGAUUACGGUUGGCAGGAAGAGGACAACGAAGCCGUCCCGCCUCCGCCCUCGCAGUGGCAGGGGAGCGAAGACAUCCUUCUUGUUCCAGAACCUGAAAGCGAGCAAGAAGAUAAGGAGCAAGAAGAGGAGGAAGAGGAGGGAUAUCACGAAGCCGAAGAUGCAGGUGAUGAUGCAGACGAUGCCUUCAACACCACAGCGGACGAAUCGCAGCUCUCCAGUAAGGUCUUUGGUCGUGAUCGGGAGAUUCAGGAUUCACAAGCCGACUGGUGA